GAAUAUCUAAACACCAACCCCUCAGACUCACAGUAAGCCGCAACUGCCCCUCGAAGCAACACCCAGAGAUCAGGAGAAAGCCACGGUACUCGCGCACUUUGCAUCUCCUUUCUAUCAACACAUCCCGGGCAUCCCUGCUAGAAUUAGGAAAUGGUCCAGACAGCUGUUCCAGAGAUUCAAGAGAUUGAGAUCGGUGAGGCCGUGAAUGCGCGUACUCAGGCAUUGGCCUCGUUCCACUCCCUCGGUCCACCCGAUCUUGUUCAUCUCACCAAAGUACACGCGCGCACUGGAGUGAAAGAGGCCGGAACCUAUCAUUAUGUCACCGGCGUCGACCCAUCCUCGGCAUCCGUUGCUGCGUACAUGAACACUCUCACAUACGCCCCGGGCGAGGGACAGAUUUGGUUUGGAAAAGUCCAGCACUGGAACAUCCAGACUGGUGUUUACUGCUGCUACAAUUCACUAUCUAGAGUAGACCUUCGUGUCCGUGUUCACAUCCCAGGUUCCGUGGAGGCCUUUGUCAUUGACGAGCGGGGAGAAAAGCACCCGGUCACAGAACAGCUGAUGCAGGAGACUUAUGUUUGCUCAAUCAUUCGUGCGUUCCUCUUUGCGGAUGAUGAUGAUUAUAAUAUCACUGCCUACCGACGGUUCAAUCCGAUUCCCAACCGUGAAGCCGAGGAUAAAUUCUUGGAUGCGGCUGCCAAAAUGUUCUCUAGAGGCUGGCAAUUUGGCUCAGAGCUCGAAGUCCAGGUGCCCACCCUGAUCUCAAACAACCUGACCGCGACCUUCUUCAAGUAUCUCGAGGUGACAAAGAGCUACGACAAAGGCGUCAAUCUCCUCGAAAAACUAAGAGAAAAGGACUCUGAUUUCGCGGCCCUUCUGGCUCGCUGCUACCUCGACAUGGACGAGGAAGUCAAAGCGGUACAGCUUUUGCAUAGCAGCGUGGAGGAGUCUCUUCGGGAUCCUAAUCUGUUGGACCUUCAGACUAGGUUUUGCAUGUCGAAAGGACGGCUUGAUUUUGCUGUUGCGACCGCUAAGCGUGCUGUCGACUCUGCGCCCUCUGAGUUUGCACCUUGGGCGCGAUUGGUGAAGGUCUACAUCGAGCAGCAGGAUUUCCAGUCGGCGCUGCUCACUCUGAACUCCUGCCCGAUGUUUCCGUAUCAGAACGUUGACCUUCAUAGAAUGCCAGUGGCCCAGCGGGUCCACCUUCCUAUUCCUCCCGAAGGAAUCAUUCAGGACAUCAUUGACGACGCGGUUGCCGGAGAAGGCGAGACGACGACUGUCGAUCCUGCGCUUGCACGUCUUCCUGCGUCGUCUCUGCGCGGAACGUUUGCGCAGGCGUACGAGUUGCUGGUGGAGAUUGUUCAUGAGAUUGGAUGGGAUAUGCUGCUCAAGUACCGCUCGAAGGUGUUUAUUAUGGAAGAAGAGUACCGCAGUCUCAAGACGGAGACGUCGAGUGUGCAAAAGACAAACAACCACAGCCGCGCGGACAGCGACGCGUCAAAUGUUGCGGUGAAUGGAAGAGAGUCGACGACGUCUAUUCCCGAGGGAGCGGGCGAGGAAGAAAAAGCUGCGUUGGCGAAUCUCGUGAAGCCUGAGAACAGCGUCGACGCGGUUAUUGUCAAGGGAAGCGAGGACGGGCAUCACGCGACGGGUGAGGAUGAGGCGACAAGCAGCACUACUUUCCGAAGCAAGAGACUGUGCGAGCGAUGGCUUGAUAAUCUGUUUAUGGUGAUGUACGAGGACAUGCGGGUGUAUACCUUGUGGCGGGCCGAGUCGGCGCAUUAUAGAGCCCAGCAGCUUCCGUACAAGAAGAGUUUACGGGAGUGGGAGAUUCUCGGUGCGCUGGCGGUGCGGAUGAAGCACACGGAGGAAGCCGCGGAGGCGUACAACUCUGCGCUGGAGAUCCGGUUUUCGGCGAACGCGCUCAAGGGAUUGCUAGAGAUCUACAUUGCCAAGAAGGAGCUUGUGACGGUGCUGCACACGGCGAUCAAGCUGACAUCGUACAAUCACCGCUGGUUCAAGGAGUUUUCGCCGCAAUUGGUGCGGGCGAUGCAGGGGCUGGUGCUGGAGGAAGGGUCGCAGAAGCUGCGGAAUAUGAUCCAGGGAUCUGAUUAUAGCAGUUCGGUGGCGGAGGUUAUGGAUAUGUACUUUGAUAUUGCGAAGCAGUUCCGUUGGCCUGGGUACGAGGAGGAUGAUGAUGGUAGAUAGUGUAUUGAUUGCAUGUUGUUUGAUUCUCAUCUGUCGUUUGUUUCUCUUCAUUUCUAUUUCACCUUGUCAUUUUCGUGUUUUUCUAUGCUCUCUUGUACCGUACGUGUUAUAAAGUGUGGGACGGAGACUUUAGGCGGUGUAAAGUAGGAUAGUGUGUUAAUCUGACUUGAUGGUGCAUUUACUCCAAGUAGACAAAGUAGUAAGGAAGAGGUCCGGAUUGUUCGAGUUCUCUGU